ACGAGUUCCAAACACACCCCAAGUUUUACUUAAACCGGAUUCCGGUCGGACCCGAAUGCUGAACCGGACCCCUCAUCGCCUCCGUACACCCAGUCUCCAGAUACGUAUAACCCUGCGCUAGGGUCUGAAACACAGUUCAAUCGUCACAAAUUCGACCCCUCAAAGUUGUGAUUCUUUCGGAUUACCAUUCAAAUUGAGCAACAAUUCAUUUCCCUUCUCCAGCUGGAGGAUACUAGAACAAGUAGGAGAUUAUAUGCUCAAAUCUUUUGGUAAGAAUCGUAAGAUGGUGAUGCAGUUGUUGAGGCGCGGAUUACUUGUUCACCUGUGCAGGAGUGUUAAAUGUUAUUCUGGGUGAGUCAAAUGAAAUGGAGUAAGCUGAAAGUGAACAGAUUUUUGAGGUGGACCGUGCUUUGAAUUUCUGGUUCAUCUGGAUUUCCACCCUACGCAAUGAAUUCCGUUGUUACUGCUGGGAAUACAAACCUAGAGCCUCAAGAUGAUAGGGAAUUUGAAUCAAAUGAGGUGGCAUAUGAAUUCUAUAAAGAAUAUGCCAAGUCUGUGGGGUUUGGAACUGCCAAAUUGAGCAGUCGUCGUUCAAGGGCGUCGAAGGAAUUUAUUGAUGCAAAAUUUUCAUGCAUCAGAUACGGAAACAAGCAGCAGUCUGAUGAUGCUAUCAAUCCACGGCCUUCACCAAAGAUUGGUUGUAAAGCAAGCUUGCAUGUGAAGAGAAGGCCAAAUGGAAAAUGGUAUAUUCAUAGUUUCAUAAAAGAGCAUAAUCACGAGCUUCUACCAGCCCAAGCCCAUUUUUUCCGUAGCCACAGGAAUAUUGACCCACUAAAGAAUGAUGCUAAAGUACGAAGAAGGAAGAUCCUGGCUGCAGUAUCCAAACAGUAUGGUGCCUAUCAAUAUAAUGGUUCUUUGGAGAAUUAUAUCAGAAACCAACGUGAUAAGGGCCGCAAUUUGACCUUAGAAGAGGGAGAUUCUCAAGUGUUGCUUGAACUUUUUGUGCAUAUGCAGGAAGAAAACCCUAAAUUCUUCUAUGCGGUAGACUUGAAUGAAGAACAUCGACUGAGAAAUGUAUUCUGGGUUGAUGCCAAAGGCAUGGAUGAUUAUACCAACUUUGGCGAUGUUGUUUCGUUUGAUACUACAUAUUUUCUGAACAAGUAUAAAAUACCGCUAGUUCUAUUUGUUGGAGUGAACCAUCAUAUACAGCCAACAUUGCUUGGGUGUGCAUUAAUUGCGGAUGACACAGCAUUCACAUUUGUUUGGCUGUUGCAAACGUGGUGCUUAUCGAUGGGGGGACGGGCUCCACGAGUCAUACUUACUGACCAGAACAGUGCUUUAAAAGCAGCUAUUGCAGCAGUUCUUCCGGGAACACGCCAUUGUUUCUCUCUUUGGCAUGUAGCGGAAAAGAUCCCUCGACAGCUCGAUUAUUUGGGUCAGUGGCUCGAUACAUUUACGGCCAAGUUUAGAAAAUGUAUGUGUAGGUCGUGGACCGAAGAACAAUUUGAAAAGAGAUGGUGCAAAUUGCUGGACAGAUUCAAUCUGAGAGAGGAUGAAUGGAUGCAAUACUUGUACGAAGAUCGUAAACUGUGGAUGCCCACUUUUAUGAGAGGUAUAUCUUUUGCUGGAUUGUCUACACUAUCCCGAUCUGAAAGUUUGAGCUCUUUUUUUGACAAGUAUGUCCAUGAAGAAAUUUGUUUGAGAGAGUUUAUAGAACUAUACAAAGUAAUACUGGAAGAAAGGUAUGAAGAGGAAGCCAAGGCAGAUUUUGACGCAUGGCAUGAAACACCUGAGUUGAAGUCUCCGUCCCCUUUCGAAAAACAAAUGUCGCUAGUAUAUACUCACGAGAUUUUCAAGAAGUUUCAAGUUGAGGUUUUGGGAGCAGCUGCAUGCCAUCUUAAGAAAGAAAAAGAAGAUGAAUCUUCAAUUACAUAUUCUGUUAAAGACUUUGAAGAUAAUCAGGAUUUCAUAGUGGAAUGGAAUGAGUCCAAAUCGGAUAUUAGUUGUUCGUGCCGUUUGUUUGAAUACAACGGUUAUCUGUGUAGACAUGCUAUUGUGGUUCUCCAAAUGUCCGGAGUUUUCAAUAUCCCAUUGAAGUACAUACUGCAAAGAUGGACAAAUGCUGCUACGAGCAGGCAUGCCAUUAGCAAUAGAUUGGAUGAAGUGCAGUCGAAGGUCCGUCGGUACAAUGAUCUGUGUCGACGGGCUAUAAUUUUGGGUGAAGAAGGUUCGCUAUCUCAAGAGAGUUACAAAAUUGCACUAGGCGCCAUAAAAGAAGCUCUGAAGCAAUGUGCAUGUGUGAAUAACUCUCCCCGUAAUGAUUCAAUACCGAGUACCUCAAUGACUCGUCCAAUUUGUGGCACUGAGGAGGAGAAUCGAGAUUGCGCCACCACAUCAAAAGAGAGGGCGCCUAACCUUAAAAUGACCAAGUGUAAAAAGGCUUCUAAGAGAGUGGAGUCUGGGAAAGAGAAGGCAAAUGAUGAUAAUGGCGCAAAUAAACGAAGGAAGGUACAUUUGGAGCUGGAAACUGUCAAUGUUGGGCCUCAAAGCAGCUUCUGCCAAAUGGCACUCCCUACCUUGAGGCCAACACAACUACUUGAUAUGGUGCCAGCAAAUUUACCAAAUGUGGUGCCAACUAUGUUCAGUAACAUUGCUUCAAUGCCGUUUCAAAACGUGGCUUCGACUCAUGUUCCCGACUCUCGACUUCCGCAUUAGCUUGAUCUUUUUGUUUAUUUAUAGACGCUGGUUGUUGUAGCAUUAAUCUAGGUUUCUUCCUCUAUUACCCUUGUAUAGAAGCAAUAGUUUAAAAGGAAAAUGGUAGCUAAUGCAUUUAUGCUUCAUAUGGAA